AUGGGGACAGAUGCACUUGUGAGAUAUGUGCCCAUGUCAUACCCCAGAGAUAACCGCGAGGUGCGCAGUGCUGAAGUUCGCUGCAUCAGUAGAGGAGGGCUGGAUCGUGGCCGUGUCCCCUUCCCUCUCUACAAACGGCACUAUGGCCUCUCAAAGGCUAUUGUAUGUGUCAGUGCCAAAAUACACAGCAGAAGAAGAGGCUUGGCAUCUGUAGUACCUGGUGUCCUUGAUAUCAACUCUAUGGGCCUUCCCCCAGAGUAUCUGUCCAGUGUAGAAAACGCCAUCACAAACUACAAUGGUACACCAAGCAGCAGUGGGCGAUCUUCUCCCACCAUCAUAGAGACCCAGAGCAAUGCUUCCAGUGCACGUGGGGGCUGGACUACCGGCAACACAACAGAGAGGAGUUCUACAGACUCCAAUUAUUCAUGGGAUGAGUUUGACAAACAGGCAGCCAAAACAGUACAAUGCCUUUUUGACCAGAUUGACUCUAUGUUAUUUGAACAAAAUGUAGAAGGACCCAGUUACAUACUCAAAGAAUGCAAGGAAUGGAAUCUCAAGUUUCCUCACUUAAGAAUCCUGGGCGAACAACUGUUCCAUCCUCAGGACAUGGGAUACCAGGCAAUCGAGAGGGAGGGUUCACGGCCAUCCACGGGCAGUAUGGGACUAGUGGAUAUCACAGACCAUGAAAUGGUCACCACGCAAGACAUACACAGUUUAACACUGUCUGGACAACGUUUACGGCCCCAGCAGCCCCCUAUGGAGGCACGAUCUUACCAUUCCGGCAUGUCAACAUCUAAUGCAUCCUCAGAGUAUACACACUUGGAGGAGGAGAUCUUUAGUCAGGAGGGAGAGUAUGAAGAGAUCAUUGCUAUAGACUAUGUAGACAUAUAUGACGAUGAUUAUAACCAGAAGAAGCAGCUGACGCCUCGGCGUAGACGUGUGGGCUAUCCUCCUAUCACACCCAAUGCCUGUGUAAAGGAUGCGGUAAUGAGCUCCGUAUUUGACCAUUUGUGGCAAGAGAUUUUAGAAUGGAUGAGAAACAUGAACCGGCAGUAUUCAAUCCUUGUCUUAGAGGAGAGUAAGCCGUCACUUCCUGUAGCAGAUAUGUCUAUAAAUAUUUCGUCGUCAAAUACAAUGCAGCUGCCUCCAUCGCGGGAACCCUCCUUCCACAUGCAAAGGUUGCCAAGAUCUUACACAACAGUUGUAUUACCUAAACAUAGUAAACCACAGCUGGAUGAACUGCUUCAGAUCUCGAGGAAAGAUUUGAUCACCAGGGAGAAAUCAUUGUUACAUGAACAAACAGACCCUCUUACUGCUCGGCCUGCUUCCAGUAUACAGCCGACCCACAAAACUCAAAAUCGUCCAAAUACAAGUAUAACGGCUGGGACAAACAAGUUUUCAGGGAAUCGAAGUGUGGCCAUUUCUAGGUCCUUACGUCUGGCCCCACUGGACCAAAGGUCACGCACCCCUAAUGUGGAGGAGGAGCGGACAGGUCCCACUGGUGCUCUCAGGGUCACUCGAAUUCAUCCUCACAAUGACCUGACCCUCCAGAGGAAUGGUGCUCUUCCCCCACUUAGCUCGGAGAUAGAACCCAGUACUUCAUUAACACGAACACAACAGAAGGUUCAUAGUGCUAGUAAUAGAGCUAGCAGUGCAGUGGAUAAAGACAUCCGGGCUCCUCAUCGUAGCCAGUUUAUGAUACCUGUUGACACACGACCCAGCACCACCCAUGCCAUGAGGUCGGACACUCCUUUAGGCCAGGCCAGACGAGCAUCCACUCCCUAUGGACUCAAUACUAUUCCAGCCAGAUCUUUAGGAGAUAGGACAUUGCUAGGUAUACACGGCAGUAGUAUCCAGCCAUCUAACGACAUCAGUCAUCUCAGUCACAUGCAGCCAGAGAUACUGGAGGAGGGUCUGGAUGAUGUGGCAAGUUUCCCUAAUCAGUGGACGCCUUCACCCCCAAGUCACCAUAACCCAUACCGAGCUCUCAAGUCACGUCUUGUGAAAUCAUAACCAUAUCUCUGUUGGCGGCAUCCUGGCUGUCAGCGGUCAUUCUUGUGUAGAACAUAUGGAAUCAUCUACAGAAUUAGUGCCAAAUUUGUGAAGUUUUUAGCUUGUAUGUCAGAAACUGGUGUUAGAGAAAG